CUCUGACGGCUAAUUAAAGCCCGCGCGCCUGUGAUAGCGCUCGGUCCCCUCUGCACACUUUUAGUCUCACUGCGGGUACCUCCUCUACAACUUUAAAUUAGCUUCCUGGUCGCUUCUAUCACUCUACUUUGAUAGCUUUUCACGAUGUUCCACUUGAAAUCGGUGUCGAAAUGUGUUCGCGGUUCGCCGUGCGAGUUCAACAAGCUCCUCAAGGUCUGCACACCCGCCGUCUUGCAAAGCAGCGGAAUGCACGAGAUUCCCGAGAAGUUGAAGGACAUCCCGACCGCCGAGAAUCCUCGGUUCUUCGACAUGGUCGAGUACUUCUUCCACCGCGCCUGUCAGAUCGCUGAGGACAAGCUGGUGGAGGACAUGAAGGGGAGGAUGUCCGUGGAUGACAAGAGGAAAAAGGUGAAGGGUAUCCUGCUGGGAAUGCAGCCCUGUGACCACAUCCUGGAGAUCGCUUUCCCCAUCCGCCGAGACAGCGGGGACUGGGAGAUGAUCCAGGGAUACCGUGCACAACACAGCACGCACAGGACGCCCUGCAAAGGAGGUAUCCGAUUUUCCUUGGACGUGUCACGUGAUGAGGUGAAGGCCCUCUCUGCCCUGAUGACCUUCAAAUGCGCCUGCGUGGACGUACCCUUCGGCGGCGCCAAGGCCGGUAUCAAGAUCAACCCCAAGACAUACAGUGAGCACGAGCUGGAGAAAAUCACCAGGAGAUUCACCCUCGAGUUGGCCAAGAAAGGAUUCAUUGGACCUGGUGUUGACGUGCCAGCUCCCGACAUGGGCACUGGAGAGAGGGAGAUGUCUUGGAUUGCUGACACUUACGCCAAAACCAUCGGCCACUUGGACAUCAACGCACACGCCUGCGUGACCGGGAAGCCCAUCAACCAAGGAGGUAUCCACGGACGAGUCUCCGCCACUGGCCGAGGAGUGUUUCACGGACUCCAGAACUUUGUGCUGGAGGCGGGUUACAUGAGCAUGAUCGGUACCACUCCAGGCUGGGGCGGCAAGACUUUCAUCGUGCAGGGAUUCGGUAACGUGGGACUGCACACUACCCGAUACCUUUGCAGAGCGGGGGCCAAGUGCAUAGGCGUCAUCGAGUGGGACGGAUCUAUCUACAGCCCUGAUGGAAUCGACCCCAAGAAACUUGAAGACUACAAAAUUGAAAAGGGGACCAUUAAUGGAUACCCUGAAGCUAAACCCUAUGAAGGAGAAAACCUCAUGUUCGAACAAUGCGAUAUUUUCAUCCCCGCUGCUGUUGAAAAAGUUAUCACAUCGAAGAACGCAAGCAAAAUCAAUGCCAAGAUUAUAGCUGAGGCGGCCAACGGACCCACGACCCCUGCGGCAGAUAAGAUCCUGAUAGACAGGAACAUCCUGGUCAUCCCUGACCUUUACAUCAACGCUGGUGGUGUCACCGUCUCCUUCUUCGAGUGGCUCAAGAAUCUCAACCACGUGUCUUAUGGCAGACUCACCUUCAAGUAUGAAAGGGAGUCUAACUACCACUUGCUAGAGUCUGUGCAGGAGUCACUAGAACGUAGAUUUGGAAAUGUCGGUGGUAAAAUUCCAGUAACACCUUCACAAUCAUUCCAAAAGCGAAUCUCUGGAGCCUCCGAGAAAGACAUCGUCCACUCUGGUCUGGACUACACCAUGGAACGUUCGGCUAGGGCCAUUAUGAAAACAGCACAAAAGUACAAUCUUGGACUGGAUUUGAGGACCGCAGCCUAUGUGAAUUCCAUUGAGAAAAUUUACACAACUUACAGAGAAGCUGGCUUGGCAUUUUAAGACAGAUUUUGUAUUUGUAAAUAUUCUAUUGGAUCAAAUUAACGUGUGGAAAUGUUCAAUUUGUUAAUUAUACGAAAAUUCUAAUUA